GAGCGCCAGCUUAACGUGGCGCAAAUGGACGUGUUUUCACGUUUAAUGAUGGAUCGCAUCAUAUUUCUUGGUACGGGCAUUAAUGAUCAGGUAGCCAAUAUCGUGCAGGCUCAGUUGCUGUUUUUAGAGUCGUCUGAUUCUAAAAAAGAUAUCCAAAUUUACCUGAACAGCCCCGGGGGCUCGGUGUAUGCCGGAUUGGGCAUUUACGACACCAUGCAAUUGGUUAGCCCUGAUGUAGCUACUAUCUGUACCGGUAUGGCGGCUUCUAUGGGGGCCGUGCUAUUGUGCGCUGGCGCGGAUGGCAAACGUUCGGCUCUCAAGCACAGCCGGGUGAUGAUCCACCAGCCUAUGAGCGGAGCACAAGGGCAGGCCAGUGAUAUGGAAAUUGCCGUGAAAGAAGUUCUUAAAAUGAAAGAAGAGCUUUACCGCAUUAUUGCCAACCACUCGGGCCAGGACUUUAAAAAAGUUGAGAAAGAUUCAGAUCGCGACUACUGGAUGAGUUCAGUAGAAGCCAAGGAUUACGGUAUGAUUGACGAGGCACACGGUAUUGUGGUUGAGGAAAUGGACGUAAAAGAGCGCAAGGAGCUUUCAAAGUCUAUUCGCCUGGUAAAACCUACCGAAAUAAAAACCUUCUUAGAUCAAUACGUGAUUGGUCAAGAGGAUGCCAAAAAAGUAUUAUCGGUGGCGGUUUACAAUCACUACAAGCGCUUAACGGCCGGCACCAAAGCUACUGAUGAGGUUGAGAUUGAAAAAUCAAACAUCGUUCUGGUAGGUGAAACCGGUACCGGCAAAACCUUGUUGGCCCGCACCAUUGCGCGCAUGCUAAACGUGCCCUUUACCAUUGUUGACGCCACCGUAUUAACGGAAGCGGGCUACGUAGGUGAAGAUGUGGAGAGCAUUCUUACCCGCUUGUUGCAAGCAGCCAAUUACGAUCAAAAGGCCGCUGAGCGCGGAAUAAUUUUUAUUGACGAGAUAGAUAAAAUUAGCCGCAAAAGCGAUAAUCCCAGUAUUACGCGCGAUGUUAGCGGUGAAGGUGUGCAGCAGGCCUUGCUAAAACUGCUGGAAGGGACUAAGGUUAACGUUCCCCCACAGGGCGGGCGCAAACACCCCGAUCAGAAAUUUAUAGAAGUGGAUACCAGCAAUAUACUCUUUGUAGCUGGUGGCGCCUUUGAUGGUAUCAAUCGGCAUAUUGCCAAGCGACUGAAUACGCGUUCGGUUGGUUUCCACAACAGCAAAGACCGGGAAAGCUAUGAUCCGGAAAACAUGCUUAAAUACAUCGCGCCUCAGGAUUUAAAGUCAUUUGGUUUAAUUCCGGAGUUAAUCGGACGUAUUCCGGUUAUAGCACAUCUUGAUCCAUUGGAUCCGGUAGCGCUCAAGCAAAUAUUAACCGAGCCGAAAAAUGCAAUUUUAAAGCAGUACGCCAAACUGUUGGAAAUUGACAACGUGGAGCUGGACUUUAAAGAGGAGGCCUUGGAUUAUGUGGUUGAAAAAGCGGUAGAGUUUAAGCUGGGUGCACGCGGAUUGCGCAGCAUUAUCGAAACCAUUUUAACCGAUGCCAUGUUUGAGCUUCCCGGAACGGCCGAAGAAGACAAUAAACACACUUUAGUAGUGGAUACCGCCUAUGCGGCCGAGCGAUUAGACAAGAUGUCUAUGAGCGCACUCAAAGCAGUGUAG